AUGUCUGACGAACACAAUUUACCAUUACCACCUCUUCCAACAAUGAUCAAUGAUAAAGGUGAAGAUAAUAAUAAUGUUUAUAAUGAAUCAAAAGAUUCAAAUGAAGAACAAGAAACAAAAUUAGCAACAGUUAAAAUGUUGCUUGAAUCAAUCGGUCAAACUGUAACAGUUGCUUUUCCACUUCGAUCACCCAUAAAUGAAUUAAUUACACAUUUUGCUAAAGAAUUACGUAUGCCAGAAAAUAUUUUACAAAUAAUAUUUAAAGAAAAAGCUCUUGAUAAUCAAUUAACUCUUUCCGAAAUCGAAGUCGAACCAAAUACUACCGUUAGCAUGGAAUUACAUUCAAAAGAUCCGAUAAAUGAACCAUUACGACCAUAUAAACCACGUCAAGAUAUUUCUAUGCCUGAUGUAAUCACUGUUCGAAUUGAUGAAGGUAUUAAAAAUCUAUUUUUUUUUUUAAUUACAAAAAAAAAUUUGUUUUUAUUGAAAUCAGGUCAAAGUAUGAGUCGUGAUGUUGUUGUUGAAAUUGAACGAAAUAAUUUUCGUAAACCUUAUUUGGGUGGUAUACGUCAUCGUAUGACUGGAAAAGAAUUUCAUCAUGCUAGUGCUCAAACCUUACCACCACAAAGACCCGACAAAGGUAUAAUGCGUUAUUGUCGUGAUACACAAACAAUUCAAUCACGACAUCGAGUCAUUCAAACAACAAAUGAACAAUCAACACAAAUGAGUAAACCUGGUUAUUAUGUUUCAAAUGAAAAUGAUCGUUUAUUAACACCACAUCGAUAUCAAACAGCUGAAGAAAAAUUUGAAAUUUUAAAUAAAAAAGCAAUUAUAAUACAAAAAUAUUUUCGUCGUUGGUUAGCUAAACGUGAUGUAAAUACAUUAAGAGAAGCAUUUCAAAAACGAAUACAACAUGAAUUAGGAGAAAAACAAAGACAAUUAGAUGAACGACAACAACGUUAUCAAAAUGAUCUUGAUAGACGUUUACAUCCAAGAACAAAAGAUGAUUUUGAUGUACUAUAUGCUGCACUUGAAAAAUGGCGUGAAGAAGAAAUAGCAAAAAUAAAUGCAACAAAACAGGGUGCUGCUCGAAAAGCAGCAUUAGCAUUAUUAGUUGAUGAAGAAACAGAAUUAUUAGCAACUAUUGAUCGAUAUAAAACAGAAGCUCAAAAAUAUAAUAAAGAAGUUAAUAUACAACGUUUUCUUGAACGUGUUGCUCAACCAAAAAGAUGGAAAUAUAAAGAUGGUUCAACAACAGAAAUGGAUACACCUUAUUCAAUUCGUGCUCGUGAAUUAAUGCAAAUUUACAACACAAUUACUAUGAAAUUUUUAACACUUGAUGAACGACUUGAUAUUCUUCUGACUUUAAAACAUACUGUGAAAGAACAUGAAUGUCGUCUUACAGAAGAAAUAAUUCAAUUAAUUGAUCGUGAAGCUGAUCUUCUUAUGCGCGGAACAAAAGAAGAAAAUUUAUCUGGUCUUCGUCAACGUAUUUCGACAUUAUUUCUUCAAUAUAUUAAAACACCUACAUUCAAUCCGGGUGUUGUUCGACAUCUUAAAGUACCACAAGAUUCAGUCGCUGCUAUGGAACAAAAAACACUUUAUUGUGGUAGUUGUCAAAAAUAUUAUCCAUCAACAGAAUUUGCUGUUAGUAGUACUAAUGCAAAAAUUGGUAAAUGUCGACAAUGUCUUCGAUUGGAAAAUAUUGCUAAUAAACGAACAGAUCAAACUAAAUUUAAAUUUUUACUUAAAAAGAUUGAAAAAGACGAAUGUGCUUAUAAUGAUGGAGCUCGUUGUAUAUUCUUUUUAACGACCAAUGAUAUGGAAUAUAUGUUUAAAAAUAUUUGGGAUAGUCAUUCGGCAUUAAGUGAAGAGUCCGACAUUUAUAGUUUAAUAUUUGUUCGAUGGAAUCGUCGCGAAGAAUUUUCUCCAUGGAAUUGUAUACUUUUAACGUUACAAGAAGCAACAGCUCAUUUAAAACUCGAAGAUGCUGAAGGAAGUUAUAGUGAACCAUUUCGUAAAAAAAUUCGUUACAAACAUGCUAUAUCACGAAGUCAUUUUGUUAAACUUGUUGAACAUGUGAACAAUAAUCAUGAACAACAACAAGCUAAUAUAUCAAAAGAUAUGACUAUAACAGCAGUUAAAAUCGGACGACAACAUGGAACACCAACAGGCAUGGCGAAUACAUCGGCAUAG